AAAAAUAGGUCAACAAAAAUAUUUGGAACUUUUUUGCAAGUUCACAUUUAGACUCCAAUUUAUCUAUAUUUUAGGUGGUAAAUGAAACAAAAGGUCGUGAAUGCUUCAAUCCACAAGACGCUCAAAGAAAAUGGUGAAUUUGGAAGUGAAUUAGAGUUACAUUUAGCUCAUGCAGAGACAAUCGCUAGUCGACAUUCCCAAUAUGGGGAUAAAGAAAUUCCCAACCCUGAUAUAACAGAUUUGAAAUUUAACCUCGGAACAUUUGGUCAGGCACCUGCACCAGAGCAGCCUAAAAAGAAAAAGAGAUUUGCGAAAUUGAGAAAAUGGUGGAAAAGGAUCAGGGGAAACAAAAAACCACCUAAGGUCUACGGGAAAUACAGGCAUGCAAAUGACAUUGAAUUUGAACCUGCUCCAGAUUUUAAUGAAGUCCAUAGAAGCACGGGCAUUCAAGAGAAAGCCCAUGAUAGAACUCAAGGUGUGAAGGAAGGCUGGCAUAGAGACAUACAUAUGAAUUCACCAAAAUCCCCCACAAGUCUAGGAGGUUUACAAGCAUUUGAUGACAUCCCCUUAAGUCAUGAAAAAGGGCAUACUGGUAUGAGAAAUCCAACACACGCACAAUCCCCUAUAUCUACCUCAACACCAGAGCAUAAUUCAUGGAGUGGAAAAUCUGGUGAGAAAGUUAGAUCGAGUAAAUCGUUCACUUGUCAUAAAGACUUACAAGCAUUUGAUGACAUUCCAUUACGUCAUGAAAAAGCACAUUCGCGACAUCAAUCAUUCCAUGCCUCAACAUCAUAUCCAGAGCACAAUUCUAUGAAUGGAACAUUCAAUGAAAACGUCAGAUCAAGUAAAUCGUUUAAUAGUCGACAAAAUGACCCAUGGUCACCUGAGCCUGUUAAGCCAAGAAAUGAUCCCUGGAAUGACUUUGAAAAUCAAAAGACUCCAAGCCCCUUUGGUAUGACAACUGGAGCUCAUGACAAACCAGAAAUUAAAAUUGAAAUACAUGUGAAUCCAACAGAACCUGUGCAACCAGCUUAUUCUCCAAACAAUCCAUUUGUGGAUCACUCAACAUUAAACUACCAGGAAUCACCAGUUCGUGUUAAAGUUGCAGGUCACAACACGGCACGAAAUACCUUUACAUACAACUAUGAUCAAUGGCCUACUGUGACUGAGACUCCAUCUGGAUCAUCUGACCAAUGCCCACCCAAUGACAAUUCCGCUGCCAUUCAGUGGCCACCUAGUUUAAAUUCGGCACAUGAUCCAUAUACAUUUCAUGCAGCAAAUUUUACAUCGGGGCUGAUUGAGGCUCUGAGUAAGGUCUACAGUGAUGGCAAAGAUAUACGUCCUCGUCCACCACAACUGUAUAGAAACUUACAGGGGUAUGAGCGCUUUGAGAGUUCCUUAUGAAGCAUGUGCAGUAAAU